GAGGUCCUCACUGUCAUCAAAGCCAAAGCUCAGUGGCCAGCCUGGCAGCCUCUCAACGUGAGAGCAGCACCCUCGGCUGAAUUUUCAGUGGACAGGACACGCCACUUAAUGUCCUUCCUGACCAUGAUGGGCCCCAGUCCCGACUGGAACGUGGGCCUGUCCGCAGAGGAUCUGUGCACCAAAGAGUGCGGCUGGGUCCAGAAAGUGGUGCAGGACCUGAUUCCCUGGGACGCUGGCACCGACAGCGGGGUGACCUAUGAGUCACCCAACAAGCCCACAAUUCCCCAGGAGAAAAUCCGACCCCUGACCAGCCUGGACCAUCCUCAGAGUCCUUUUUACGAUCCAGAGGGCGGGUCCAUCACUCAAGUAGCCAGAGUUGUCAUUGAGAGAAUCGCUCGGAAGGGGGAACAGUGCAAUAUUGUACCUGACAAUGUUGACGAUAUUGUAGCAGACCUGGCUCCAGAAGAGAAAGAUGAAGAUGACACCCCCGAAACCUGCAUCUACUCCAACUGGUCCCCGUGGUCCGCCUGCAGCUCUUCCACCUGCGACAAAGGCAAGAGGAUGCGGCAGCGCAUGCUGAAGGCGCAGCUGGACCUCAGCGUCCCCUGUCCCGACACCCAGGACUUCCAGCCCUGCACGGGCCCGGGCUGCAGCGAUGAAGACGGCUCCACCUGCACCAUGUCCGAGUGGAUCACCUGGUCGCCCUGCAGCAUCUCCUGCGGCACUGGCAUGCGGUCCCGGGAGAGGUACGUGAAGCAAUUCCCGGAGGACGGCUCCGUGUGCACGCUGCCCACUGAGGAGACGGAGAAGUGCGCGGUCAACGAGGAGUGCUCUCCCAGCAGCUGCCUGAUGACCGAGUGGGGCGAGUGGGACGAGUGCAGCGCCACCUGCGGGAUGGGCGUGAAGAAGCGGCACCGCAUGGUCAAGAUGAGCCCGGCGGACGGCUCCAUGUGCAAGGCUGAGACGUCUCAGGCAGAGAAGUGCAUGAUGCCCGAGUGCCACACCAUCCCCUGCUUGCUGUCCCCGUGGUCCGAGUGGAGCGACUGCAGCGUGACCUGUGGGAAGGGCAUGCGGACCCGCCAGCGGAUGCUCAAGUCUCUAGCCGAACUCGGGGACUGUAAUGAGGCGCUGGAGCAAGUGGAAAAGUGCAUGCUGCCCGAGUGCCCCAUUGACUGUGAGCUCACCGAGUGGUCCCAGUGGUCGGAAUGUAACAAGUCAUGUGGGAAAGGCCACAUGAUUCGAACCCGCACGAUCCAAAUGGAGCCUCAGUUUGGAGGUGCACCCUGCCCGGAGACUGUGCAGCGGAAAAAGUGCCGCAUCCGGAAAUGCCUCCGAAAUCCAUCCAUCCAGAAGCUGCGCUGGAGGGAGGCCCGAGAGAGCCGGAGGAGUGAGCAGCUGAGGGAGGAGUCCGAUGGGGACCAGUUUCCAGGCUGCAGGAUGCGCCCAUGGACAGCCUGGUCAGAAUGCACCAAACUGUGUGGAGGCGGGAUCCAGGAACGCUACAUGACUGUAAAGAAAAGGUUCAAAAGCUCCCAGUUUACCAGCUGCAAAGACAAGAAGGAGAUCAGAGCAUGCCAUGUCCACCCGUGUUAACAAGGGUACACAUUUCCCAGGGAUGCACUCUAGACCCCUCAGAGUCACCAAUGGCUGGAUUGUUUGUUUGCUUGUUUGUUUAAGGCAAUUUAAAUCGUGUACACUAGUUUUCAUUUCUGCAGUGUGGUCUGCCCAGUAGUCUUGUGGAUGCCAGGGACAUCCUUCUGUACACUUCUUGGUGGGCACAGACUGAGGGGGUGCUCCCUCAUCCUCAGCCAGCCCUCAGCCAGCACCAGUAGUGUCAGCCACCUGUACUGAAUGGAAACGUGUCCCUCUGGAGCACCCACCUGGGUGGCAGGAAAGAGACCCCGGCCUCCUGCACACGGAGAGGCAACUGUCUGCAGAUGACUCUGUGCCUGGUGCCGGGGCGCAGCAUGGGGGAGACAGUCCCCGUCAGGUGGAGUGCAGAGUCCCCUCAUUCUCGUCUGGCCUGCUCCCUCUUGCAGGAAACUAUUGUUUGCUCGUCUCUUCUCAUUUAGUGGAACUUUAGGGCCCGUUGUUGAGUCUCCUCAGUCACCAACAGUUCUUGGGGAAAACAGCUGGCAGACAUGAAGAGAAGCACUGAUGGUGGGUGGCUUUUCUUCUUUCACCGAGAAAUUCGUAUGUAUCUCAACCCCUAAUUUUGGUUCUUGAUGCCCCAGAGGAAAGAAAUGAUGGCUGCUUUAUUUGAACAUAAGGUAACCAGCUCUUACACCUGAGGUAAAAGGUACUAAGUCUAGAAAUCAUUUUUCCCUUCUUUUUGGGGUUUUUUUGGACACAAUUCUCUUAGGAAGCCAGCCUCAUGAAACUUCUGAUGUUAGAUCCUUACUAGAACCAAGGCCAAGGCAGCAGUCCCAAACCUGAGUUUUUAAAAUCUUCCGACACAGACUUUUAAGUAAGUUCUCAAACCAGUUUUUAACAAGAAAACAUUUUUUCAGUUAUGCAAACAUUUUGUUAAAUCUGUCUGCAGCCCACCAAGCCAGUCCUUCAACAGAAAUACUAUCUAUCUCUGUACUUGA